GAAAUUGUAGACUAGAAAAAGAAAACUGAAUUAAAUUCUAUAUAUUUCAAAUCGCUAUUUUGAAACUCUGCCCGUCUCGUUCCGAUUGGUCGAAUGUCGAUGUCCAGCCUGCAAUUUUUAACGCGUGAGUCGAUGUCGGUACGGGCUUCAGUGGCUUUAGUAGCUUCCAGUAGCUUCGCGAGUAAUUUUUCGACAUUUCCUACUGUUUCCGACCAUCGGCCGUGAUCGGUCAUGACGCUGCAGCAACGCGCUUGUGGUCUUGUGAUUUUUCGCCGAUUUCAAGGUACCAUUCAGUAUCUACUUAUGCAGACAUCGUACGGAGACCAUCACUGGACGCCGCCUAAAGGGCACGUCGACCCGGACGAAUCCGAUAUGGAGACGGCCUUGCGCGAGACUCGAGAAGAGGCUGGCUUCGUGCCGAACGAUCUCAAGAUCUUCGAGGACGCUAGGCACGAGAUGACGUACGAAGUAAAGGGGAGACCGAAAAUCGUCAUCUAUUGGCUGGCGGAGCUGCUUAAUCCGGACAAGCCCGUGAGAUUGUCGGACGAGCAUCAGGCGUUCGACUGGCUCCCGUUGCGCGAGGCAUGUGAUCGCGCGAGAUACGACGAGAUGCGGAAAGCGCUCAACGAAUUCGAUAAAUACGUAUCGCGAAAUCUUGCAUAGGUGCCGUACGUUAGUUUUCGUCUCGACAGAGAGAGAGAGAGAGA